AUAUGUCCAACAUGGUGAAAGAUUGCGACCUUGACCUAGAGUGCGUCAACCCUGUCAAUGACUUGGUUCUUUUCCAACCCAUUCGAGGCGCUUGUAUCCGGGGUGAAAAUGUUGCCGCAAGGUACAACCUAGGAUCAGAGUUCACGCCCUCGUCCUGGGACUGGAUUGGACUGUUCACUGAAGGAUGGUCCUCCCACCGAGAUUACAUCAGCUUCCAUUGGGCCCCUUCCAUGGUAAUCGACCCCCGGCGUAAGAACCGCCGGAGCGUGCUCUUCACGUCAGAGGAUUUUGAGGCUGCCAGGACAAUGGAGGAUAAUUUCAAAUUCCUCUACGUCACGUCCUGGAAUCACGUGGUCGGCGUGAGUCCAAGCUUUAGGCUUGAAGGGGCAAUUGGAGAAUACGAAGAUCUAUGUUUCGACUUGAUGGAAAAUUCUAUCGAACGACCCCUCAGUACAAAGUUGUUAGCCAAGAGGAAAUUUUCAGCCCACGAACUUUUCCCAGACAAUGGUGAUCUACAGUUUGAUGUACUUGAAAGGGGUCUCCGUGCCAAAAAACCCAAGCCCUCCUUGAUGCCCUUUACUUUUACCAACCCUGCCAGUCCAGCCGACAUUUGCCACCCAUUGAAACUUGAUGGCGACCUGGAAUUUGAACUACUGGAACAACUUGCUUACCAACAGCAAGAACCAAUGAAAGAACAGGAAAACAAGAAAGAUGCUAAGUCCACACAAAAUAACUUUCUUGUCGCUACCAAACCAGUAUCUAAGAAGAAGGUACUGACAGUGGUGAGGGACCAUGGAACUUUGACCGGUAACUUUAGUCCUGAGAGACCAGUCACCGACCUGCUUCACCUUCUCUUCCUGUACCCGGUAGUUAGAAACUAUGUUGAGAACAAGGAAAUGUCAAAUUAUGUUGAGAACAAGGGAAUGUCAAAUUAUGUUGAGAACAAGGAAAGAUCUGUCGUUCCAUACCAGAUGUCAAAACCAAUCUUCGACAUCAACUCGACCAACACCAUUUCAACCGUCACAGAAAUGUCG